AUGUGCGGGAGGGAACACACGUGUAUGAAUACGGAAGGCACUUACGUCUGCAACUGCGGACCCGGCUACCAAAAGGGCGAAAAUGAACGGACAUGCAUCGAUAUUGACGAAUGUCGAGCUCAUGAGCAGGACGCCAGUCUACGUCAGCCAUGUAGUGACGGCAUCUGCAUCAACUUCCCGGGAGGAUUUUCCUGCCAGUGCCCGGAUGGCUUUCGACUGGGAAGAGGCGCUCGAUGCUACGGUAAGUAUGGUUGUUCAAUGUGUUGUCAAGAGGAUAAUGGAUUGUUACUCGAAGAUGUCAAUUCAGGCCGAUUGUGGCCUAUUGAACAGGUCUGUAUUCGGUAA